AAUGAAAAAUCAAUGUAAAGACGCCUUACUUGAAUUUUUGGAGUUGACCCAACUUGACCCCAUAUCUCUUUUCCAUUAUUUAUCAUGCAAUUUUCUUCUUAUUAAAUUGAACUCUUUCAAAAUACAAUUCAAUCAGAAAAAAAUAAAAAUAAAAAUCUCUGAGAGGUAAGAAAAGUGAAGAGAGAAUGGUUGAUUCUGUACUUUAUGGGUUAGCUGAAGAAGCUUUGAAGAAACUGGGAGGUAGCGCACUGAAUGAGAUUGCCUCCGCUUGGGGCUUCAAAGCUGAGCUUGAUAAGCUCCACGACACCAUCACAACCGUGAAAAAUGUGUUGGAUGCUGAGAAAAGGCAAGCUGAUGAACUUGAUGUUCGUGAUUGGCUUGAAAGGCUUACCUUUGUUGUCUAUGCUGCUGACGACUUGUUCGAUGAGCUCAACACUAUUGCAUCUCGCAGACAACUUAUGGGUGAAAACUCAAUAUCCAUGAAGGAAAUCAAUGAAGAAGAGAGAACAAAGUUAUUCAUUUGUUGAUUCCCAACAAGUUAUUGGUAGAGAUGCUGAUAAGAAUGCCAUCUUAGAUUUACUCUUAGCCUCUAGUUCCAAUAUAGACCCUCAAAAUGAAGUGCUCCCUGUCCCUGUUAUCUCAAUUGUUGGAAUUGGAGGCCAAGGCAAGACCACUUUAGCUCAACUUGUUUACAAUGACCCUAAGGUUGAGAAAUCUUUUAAUUUGAGGUUAUGGGUGUGUAUUUCGGAAGUCCUUGAUUUUAAGGGAGUUUUGGAAAAGAUCCUCAGAUCCGCAACCAAAGCUGAAACUCCAAAAUUAGAUAUAGAGCAGUUACAAGCUAUGUUGCGAGAGGCGAUUAGUGGUAAGAAAUACUUUCUUGUUAUGGACGACGUUUGGGAUGACAAGCGUGAGAAAUGGCUCAAGUUGAGGGAUUUAUUGAAGAUGGGUGGAGAAGGGAGUAAGAUAUUGGUGACUACUCGAUCCAAGGAGGUGGCUAGAAUAAUGGACUCUCUUGCUAUAUACGAGUUACAGGGCCUAACAAAUGAGAAAUCCUGGGAGUUAUUUGUUAACAUGGCAUUUGAACCUGGACAAGCUCAACAGAAGCCACGUCUUGUGGAGCUAGGGAAGGAAAUUGUAAAGAGGUGUGCAAAUGUUCCUUUAGCUAUAAGAACUUUGGGGAGUCUUCUUUAUGGCAAGGAGGAAAAGAAGUGGUCAUCAUUGAUGAACACGAGUCUUGCGAAAUUAUCUGAUGGGAACCAAGAAGUCAAUGAUAUUUUAAGCAUACUCAAGUUAAGCUACAAUGAUCUAUGGUCUCCACUGAAGAAUUGUUUUGCUUAUUGUGCUUUGUUUCCGAAAGACUAUGAGUUUAAUAAGGAAAUGUUGAAACAGCUUUGGAUGGCAGAGGGGUUCAUUGUUGCUGAUUCUGAAGGAAACCAGAGUCUAGAAGACGUUGCUGAGGAUUAUUUUCAAAUUCUGCUGCAAAGGUGCUUCUUCCAGGACAUAAAAACCGAUAAAUUGGGGGCUAUUAUUGGUUGCAAAAUGCAUGAUCUCAUGCAUGAUCUUGCUCGAAGUGUGGCUGGAGCAAAGUGCAAGGUUGCAAGUCUAGAAGAAACAAGAUUUGAUGUCAAAAUCAUCCACUUGUCAUAUGCAUGCCGACUGACUUCGUCUUGGAAAAUUCAAGACUCCAUGCGAAAUAUGCAGCUGUUGCGGACUUUUCUUAUGCCAGAGCAUAAGUUUGAUGGCUCUCUCUUCGGCGAACUUAUGUGUAAACAGUUAAUAUCAAGUUUUAGUUGUUUACGAGUGUUAGAUCUCCACAACCUAUGCCUCAAAACUUUGCCAGAUUCUAGGUUAUCUAAUUCACUUGAGAUACCUCAAUCUCUCAGAGACACUAAUCCAAAAGCUCCCUAAUUCAAUCACCGAGCUUCUAAAUCUGCAAACAUUAAACUUAUACGGCUGUUUGAAUCUUCGAACAUUGCCUACAGGUAUCAGAAAACUGGAAAAUCUGAAAAGCCUUGAUGUUGGUGACUGUCUCUCUUCCUUACAAAUGCCUUCGGGAAUAGGAAAAUUGACUUUGCUCCAAAAGCUACCUCUUUUCAGUACUAACUAUGAAGAUAGUAACCGAGCCAAACUAAGUGAACUAAAGCAACUCAAUAACCUGAGAGGAGAGUUACACAUUAUAAUACGCGGAAUUAUGGGAAAUCCAAGCUUUGAAGCAAACGAGGCAAAUUUGAUCAGCAAGCAAGGUCUAGAUAAACUGGAAAUUAAUUUUGAUUUUGGCGAUGACAGAGAAGAUUAUGAGGUUCUGAUGGAAGGCCUCAAACCACAUUCCAACUUAAGAAAGUGGGUGAUAAGGCGUUAUCUUGGUCAAAAUUUUCCAAGUUGGGCAACCAUGGAUAAUUUGAGCAUUAGCCUUCCAAAUCUGGUAUAUAUUUAUCUUGGACAUGGUGAAUCCUCAGAAUUUCCCGUCUUAAGUCAAUUACGUUUCUUGAAGUAUCUUUAUGUUGUUAAUUACACCAAUGUUGAAUACAUGGAGAAUAACAAUAUGAGUAACCAAUUCUCCUCGUCACCAUCAAUUCUAACAUACACAGAAACCAUUUUCUUCCCAUCUCUUCAGGAACUUCAUUUGUCAUAUAUGAAUUCUCUAAAGGGAUGGUAUAAAGAAGAUGUAGAAGCCGUGGUUAGAAAUGAUGAUGCAAAAGAAGCUUCGUAUCUUCAACAGGGGAAUGAAAUGUCAAUGCUCUCAUUUUCUAAAUUAUCAAAAUUGAGUAUAGAUGGUUGUCUGAAGUUGAAAACACUUCCACUUUGUCCUAAUGUGGAGGAAUUAAAUUUAACUAUGUUUGAUGAGAGUCUCUUAGUAAUAAUAUUGAAGAUAGCAACAAGAUCAAACUCAUCGUCUCAAACUACAUCAAGGCUUAAAAAAUUAUUGCUCUCAAAUGCAGAAAAACUUAUGUCCCUGCCUAUGCAUUGUCUCCAUCAGCUUUCUUCACUUACCAUUGAAUAUGAUCAUCAUCUGAAGAGCACAGACACAUUAGUCGAAGUCUUUGCACGACUAUCUUCAUCCCUCCGAUAUUUGAAAUUCAGUUGGUGUACUAAAUUGAGAAGCAUCUCUAAGGGCCUGGGACAUCUUACUGCCUUAGAAACGUUGAACUUAGAGUAUUGUCGAGAACUUGACCUUUCACCAAACCAACAAGAAGCAAAUGAAGAAGAUGAAGAUGACAUGCCAUGGAAAGCCUUCAAAACUAAUCUACGUUCCUUGAAGUUAUUUAGUCUUCCUAAAUUAGUGGACUUUCCAAGUGGUUUUCGGCAUUUGACAAACCUUCGUUCUUUAGAAAUAGCAUUCAAUUAUAAUUUGAGGGAACUACCAGAAUGGAUAAGCUGUGUAUCUUCGCUGAUAAAUAUGAAGUUGUAUAGAUGUACUGAAUUAACUUGUUUGCCAGAUGGAUUCCGCAACCUCACAAACCUAAACAGACUAAUAAUUGGCAAAUGCAGUCCAAUUUUAAUGGAAAGAUGUAAAGGUCCAAAUGGUAGCGACUGGCUCAAGAUUCAACAUAUCCCUUUUCUUAUUAUUGAUGAUGAAGAUGGGGUUCGUCCAAGUGCAAUAUAUUAUUCAUUGGAAGAUUGAUAAUAAUGUUUAAAUAUGGAAGGGGUGCAUGUUCUCAGAUCUCUAAAAAUUGUAGUCAUUAGUAUAUGUCAAAAUUCUAUUAAUGAAUGUUGUAUUAAAAUUAAGUAAAUAGUUUAAGAAAAAUUUUACGUGGUGAGUCUGAGGUAUUGGAUUUUCUACGUGAUAAUCAAAUUUUUUUUUUAAAUUCACGCGGUAAUCUUAAGGUUUAUCCAAUUACAUUUUCGUGACCCUUUUUACCAAAAAAUGUUUGAAAAUUGUCUUCUAGUAAGGAAGCUAUGUUUGUGAGAUUCGAAAACCAUCUAAAAGAUCACAUUUCCUUUAAUUUCUUAACCCUGAUUCCCCAAUUUUUCAAAGUUUGAAAACGAAUUUUGAACAUUCAACUGAAGGUAUUGAUCAACUUUACCCAAAAUUUUCCAAGGUUUUACAAGAAUUUCGUUUGGUUUAGCAAAAAAUAAAGGUGAGUACUUAAUGUACAAGAAUUUCAAAUGUUGGUGCAUGAAUUUCGAAUGUUUUUGGGCUUAUUUCGAUUCUUUUACCAAAAUUUUUCGUCAAUGAAUUGUUGUUGGUCAGAUUUUGAUUUGUUGCUGGGUCAAUUCGAUUGUUGAAUUUUAGUUGUUGAAUUUUGAUUCCUUCUAGGUCAAUUUCGAUUCGUUGCUAGAUCAACUGAAAUUAGGGUUAGGGAAUUAGGAGUUGAAAAAUUAGAGAAAUGGGAGAAUUAGGGGAAAUGUGAUCUUUUGGAUACGAAUAGACGAUUUCCAAACGUUUUUUUAGUAAAAAAUGUCACGGAAGUUUAAUUGGUUAAACCACAUGAUUAUCGCGUGGAUUUUAAAAAAACUUUAAUUACCACGUGGAAAAUCCAAUAUCUCAGUAUAUCAGGAUGCCAUGUAGAAUUUUUCAUAGUUUAAUCUACUAUUA